AUGUCUGUAUCGUCACGAAGAAAGGCUCUCAAGGAGUUUUACCGAUUGCAGGAGCAAACGCAGCAGCAGCUGGAGAAUGCACAUUUGAACCACGAGGAAACAGCCGAGGAGCCAGAGAUCACUUUAGAGAAUGUGGACGAAUUCAUCAAAAACAGCGACUUCAAGAAGCUCCUUGAGACAGAAAACAAAAUCACCGAGGAGCUGAACUCGAACCAGGCGGAGAUCAAGUCGAUCAUCUACAACAACUACUACGAGCUGAUCAAAAUCAACGAUGUGCUAAUGGACCUCAAGUCCUGGAACAACGAAGACGACGGCGUGGUGGAGAACCUACAAAAGAUCCGCAGCAAAGUCCAAUCGCUCAGGGCCCAGGACUUCCACCUGCUGCCCGAGCCGGUGGAGGUGAAGGGAGAGAAAAUAAGCAAGAGCAUCAACAAACUGUUGCUGGACAACAAGAUCGACAAGAAGACGGUGGACGCCAUCGACGAGUCGCUGCCGGAGCUGAGCGGCGAGAGCCUGCUGCUGCAAAUGAACGAGCUAAAGAACAAGUAG